AGGCAGGGAAAGACCAGCAGAGAGGAAAGAGAAACUGGGAGAGGGAGGAAGGGAGAAAGUGAGAAGGGAAAUCGGAAAGAGAAAGGGGAGGAAACGGCAGACGUGGAGAGUCAGAGAGAGAGACAGAAAGAGGAAGAGACUGAGUGUGAAGGAGAGAGGACACGGGAUGACAGAGAGAGAGAGAGAGCGCGCGCGCGAAUGAGAUAGAGACUUAAAGAAGAGACCCUGUGAGUCUGUCAAUCAAAGAUUUGGACAGAAACGGAAAGAUUGGAGAGAGAGAUAGAGGGAGAGAAUGAGUGAGAGAGAAACUGGAAGAGACAGAGGUCAGAGAGAGGAGAGACACAGAAAGUGAGACUGGGGAGGGAGAUAGUGUAAAACGGAGAGAGAGAGAGAGAGAGAGAGAGAGACCAUAAGAGACAGGAGACAGACAAAAAGUGAGCAGGUGAGGAGAGAGAUUGAGAACUAUGAGAGACAGCAGCUAACAGACAAAGGAGGCGGGAGACUGCCAGGGUGCUGCUGCAGCACCCACACCGUCCUCUUGCCCCCUGUCUUUGGGACCCUAGCGCUGGCCCUUGAUGGAGGGGAGCCGACCUCGAAGCAGCCUGAGCCUGGCCAGCAGCGCCUCUACCAUCUCCUCACUCAGCAGCCUGAGCCCCAAGAAGCCCACCCGGGCAGUAAACAAGGUCCAUGCCUUUGGGAAGAGAGGCAAUGCGCUCAGGAGGGAUCCCAACCUUCCCGUGCACAUCCGAGGCUGGCUUCAUAAGCAGGACAGCUCGGGGCUCCGUCUCUGGAAACGCCGCUGGUUCGUCCUCUCCGGCCAUUGCCUCUUUUAUUACAAGGACAGCCGCGAGGAGAGUGUCCUGGGCAGUGUCCUGCUCCCCAGCUACAAUAUUAGGCCAGAUGGGCCUGGAGCCCCCCGAGGGCGGCGCUUCACCUUCACCGCAGAGCACCCGGGCAUGAGGACCUACGUUUUGGCCGCUGACACCUUAGAAGACCUGCGGGGCUGGCUACGAGCGCUGGGCCGGGCCUCCCGUGCGGAGGGGGACGACUGUGGGCAAACCAGGUCACCUGCACGACCCCAGCCCGGGGAGGGCCCUGGCGGCCCCGGUGGUCCCCCGGAGGUGAGCAGCGGGGAAGAGGGGCGCAUCUCGGAAUCACCGGAAGUGGCUCGACUCUCCAGAGGUCGUGGUAGACCCAGGCUGCUCACUCCCAGCCCCACAAUUGACCUCCAGUCUGGACUCCAGAUCCGGAGGGCAAGAAGCCCCGACCUGUUCACCCCCCUCUCUCGCCCUCCCUCGCCUCUGAGCCUCCCCCGUCCCCGUUCUGCUCCUGCGCGGCGACCUCCUGCCCCCUCAGGAGACACAGCACCCCCUGCCCGACCUCAUACCCCGCUGAGUCGCAUUGAUGUCCGACCUCCUCUGGAUUGGGGCCCCCAACGCCAGACCCUCUCCCGACCCCCCACUCCCCGCCGAGGACCUCCCUCAGAGGCUGGGGGAGGAAAGCCCCCCAGGAGUCCCCAGCACUGGAGUCACGAGCCCAGAACACAGGCACCCUCUGGCUCCUCCACUUAUCUCCAGCUCCCUCCACGGCCCCCUGGGACCCGGGCCUCCAUGGUUUUAUUGCCGGGUCCUCCCCUGGAGUCAACUUUCCACCAAAGCUUGGAGACAGAUACGCUGCUGACCAAGUUGUGCGGGCAGGACCGGCUCCUGCGGAGGCUGCAGGAGGAGAUAGACCAGAGGCAGGAGGAGAAGGAGCAACUAGAAGCAGCUCUGGAGUUGACCCGGCAGCAGCUGGGCCAAGCCACCAGGGAGGCUGGGGCUCCCGGGAGGGCCUGGGGUCGCCAGCGCCUCCUGCAGGACCGGCUGGUCAGUGUGAGGGCGACCCUCUGUCACUUGACUCAGGAGCGAGAGAGGGUUUGGGACACAUACAGUGGCCUGGAGCAGGAGCUGGGCACCUUAAGAGAGACCCUGGAGUACCUGCUGCACCUCGGUUCUCCCCAGGACAGAGUGUCCGCUCAGCAGCAGCUGUGGAUGGUGGAAGACACGCUGGCAGGUCUGGGUGGCCCCCAGAAACCGCCCCCACACCCUGAGCCUGACUCCCCAUCUCCUGUGCUCCAGGGCGAGGAGUCCUCAGAGAGGGAGAGCCUGCCAGAGUCCUUGGAACUGAGCUCCCCUAGGUCCCCCGAGACUGACUGGGGACGGCCUCCUGCAGGCGACAAAGACCUGGCCAGCCCUCGCUUAGGUCUUGGGUCUCCCAGGGUCUCCCGGGCUUCCAGCCCUGAGGGUCGCCACCUCCCUUCCCCACAGCUGGGAACCAAGGCCCCGGUGGCCCGGCCCCGGAUGAGUGCCCAGGAGCAGCUGGAGCGGAUGCGCAGAAACCAGGAAUGUGGACGGCCCCUCCCUCGCCCGACCUCCCCGCGGCUCCUCACCCUGGGAAGGACACUGUCCCCAGCCAGACGCCAGCCUGAUGUGGAGCAAAGGCCUGUCGUAGGACACUCGGGAGCUCAGAAAUGGCUCAGAAGCUCUGGGUCUUGGAGUAGUCCAAGGAACACCACCCCUUACUUGCCGACUUCCGAAGGUCACCGGGAGCGAGUUCUCAGCCUCUCCCAAGCCCUGGCUUCUGAGGCGUCGCAGUGGCACAGAAUGAUGACAGGUGGAAAUUUGGACUCCCAGGGAGACCCUCUUCCCCGUGUGCCGCUGCCUCCUUCGGACCCCACGCGCCAGGAAACCCCUCCUCCCAGAUCUCCCCCGGUGGCUAAUUCGGGUUCCACAGGGUUCUCUCCCCGAGGGAGUGGGCGUGGAGGAAGUCCCGCCCCCUGGGGGCCCACGUGGGAUGCCGGGAUCGCCCCUCCGGUCCUGCCCCAAGACGAGGGGGCGUGGCCUCUGCGAGUCACUCUACUACAGUCCAGCUUCUAACCCGCCCAAACGCGGCAGCCAAUCGGAGCGUGAGCACGUGGUCUGGAGGUACCGCCGGAGAUCUGGGACCACUCAGGGCAUCAGGGGCGUGGUCUGGUCCCCAUCGCCCGCCCGGGAGGGAAAUGGUUUCUAUGGCCAAAGUUUGAUUUUCUCAACACUGUCUAAAUUUGGAUUAAAACUUUGAACUUUUA